GCAUGGGUCGAUCAUCUCGGCCUUUCCAGCAGGGUAGAGCUGAGCAGUACGCUAUAGUGUGCCACUCUGCACUGGCCACAUCCCUCCCUCCCUCCGGCGCCAUUGAGACCCUGCGGGGUGUGGACCCGACUGUCCAGCUAAAGUAAAUUUCGUUUCAUUCGAUAACACAGAUCUCGUGCUAGUCACUGCUAUACCAUGACCAACGUGAUGAAAUCUUUCCGUAUUUAGUGGACGGUCAGUCUGUCUCCUUUUUUUUCUUAUUACUAGUCAUGCAGCCGCCCGUUUCAGCACAAAGGGGAGUCUGCAAAUAGGAGGGUCAGUCUGCGUUGCAAAUUGCUUGAAUGAGCAUUUGACCACACAAUUACUUACUUGUGUAUCAUCUUGCUUAAGAUGUUUCAUUUGUGCCUUAGGUUGUUGAUAUUAUUGAAGGAAAUUGUUUCUGUCACUUUCAUCAAACACUUUUUAUUAGCUGUGCGUUUUAUAUAGUGUCUUUCAUUAUAUAGUUUUUGUUGUUGCUUGGAAAUCAAGUCUGUGCCUCAUUGCAGAUUACAUUUACAGUCAUCUCCUUAUGCAGCAUAUGGUAGUUAAAGUGCUGCAAGGAACUCUCAUCUAGAAAACGUUUAUAGGGACACCCAACAAUAUACAUUUUUGUAGCGUAGGAGUUUGCUGAUUUGGAAUGGACUAGCCUCAGAGCUGUCAUUCAGGCACAGUGUGUGGAGUGGCCUGUCACAAGGAAAUUGUGAAUGAAAUCAUCAGAAAGCUGGUUAACAUAAUUUUCAUUCUAGCAUUUCAUAAUUGGGUUAUAGACUUGAUUAUAGUUGAAGUGUCAUACUUUUGACAGCAGGUGGCCCUUGGUUAAGAUCCUACUACCAGCUUCCUUCUUUAACUGUCAGCAUGUUUAAUGUCAUAAAAGACCUCCUGUAAGACCUGUCAUCAGUGUUGCUUUCAAUCGCUGCACAAUGUUUAGAAGUCAUCUUUCCAGCAUGUCUCGGCUUCGUGCCAAGGAGUUCUCCAAGCACAGUACUUUGAGAGCACCGGGCACCAUUAUUAAGUGGGUGGUGUCAGAAGACGGCAGUGAGCUUCUCAAGAAAGGCGAGGUGACCCAGAUCGGGCAAGAUGGGAACAGGCUUGCCCCACCACACCAAGACAUCGCAGCUUCUAGCACUGAAAGAUUUGCAGGUGGAAGGGUGUCAUUGUUGGACUCUACUGAUGAUUUACUGGACAUGGCAAAGUUUAAAGAUGAAAUGUCAGAAAAGAGCAGCGCUUCCGCAUGCAACUUUGGAUUUCAUUGUGAAGACACGAUUGCCACUAGUGCGGCUGCUCUUCAAGACAAUGUGUCAUACCCCUGCUCCUACUGUGAGAUUUGCUUCACAGCUAUGCAGUACUUGGAAAAGCAUGUGAAGCGCACCCACAGGAAACAGUACUUGGAAAUGCUGCGCAGUCGUGCAGUCAACCUAAAGAAGCCAUCAUUUAAACCCAACUCUCCACAUGAGGAUGAUGUGAGCCAAAGCCACAUUGACACUCCAGAUGCAAAUGAGAUGGCCACUGACUCUGACCCAUUCUCAUACCAGUGUACGGACUGUGACCUGACCUUUAGUGUGUUGGAGGACCUGAAAGUUCAUCAGCUGAGCCACAACCCAGGUGAGACGCUUUACCUGUGUAGUGAGUGUGGGAAGAGCUUUUCCAGCCUUGGCUCACUACAGACCCACCAGAAAGUUCAUGACUCUGAGGCCACGCUGUAUCUCUGCUCUGAGUGCGGUGACAGCUUCCAUCGGUUGGAUCUCUUGAAUGACCACCAGCUGACACAUGCAGGAGCUGUCGCAAUCAGUCUUACUAAUUCUGGUGGUAUUGCUGCUGCUAGCAUGGGCCCUGGAACAGGACCUAUCACUGAAGCCCAGUACCCAUGUCCUCGAUGCAACAAAGUUUUCAAAACUGCCCGCUACCUGCGUACCCACCAGAAGAUACAUACUGGGGAGGCUCCAUAUCAUUGCACAGAGUGCGAUAAGCCCUUUACACAGCUUGGUGACCUGAAAACACACCAACGCACCCAUACUGGGGAACGACCUUACAAGUGCACUGAGUGUGGCAAAAGCUUUGGUCGUUCAGGGACUCUGAAGAAACACUGGCGUACCCACACAGGUGAGACCCCAUAUCAGUGCACUGUCUGUGGGAAGAGUUUCAACCAGCUAGGUGCACUUAAGACCCACCACCGCAUUCACACUGGCGAAAUGCCCUACCACUGCCAGCAGUGUGACAGGCACUUCACAUACUCUUACCAGCUCAAGAGUCAUGCCUGUAAAAUUUAACUUUGGCAAAAAUGCCUUCAAGGUGGUUGCACUGGCUUGGCACAUGGGAUGUGGGGAAUAAUGUUUUUAAUAAGUGUCAUGUUUUCAUCUGGCUAAUUAGUUAUUGUCAGUACUGUUGCCCAAUGGAAUGAAGCUAUCAGAUCUUGGAUUCUUCUGUGAAUUUUAUUUCCCCCUCCUUGCGACCAAACCCAGAACAUUGGUGACUGUCUUUAUCAAUUACAUUGAGUUACCUAAUUUAUCUAUCAAGAGGUUCAGCGUCUGUUCAGAUAGAUCUUAAUCCAUUUAACACUGUGAUGUGGUUGCAAACAACAGACAGAAACCAAGAACACCAGAGAGGGACUGGCAUUGGUUCAGAGAAAUGCUGACUUUCGGCCGACAUAGCUGGGGUGCCCUUUCAGCUUCUGUUAAUGGUGCCUAAUGAAAGCUGUGUAAAGUUGAUCUGGUGCUUCUGAGGGAUAAGGGGAUCCUAUAACACCAUUCUCCCACUUUCCCCCUACACUUCCAAAAUAAACUCUGGAAAUAGACAUUCUUUUCUGUUAUAUCCUACCAUGCCUAAAAAAAUCUUCUGGGAGAGCUGAUAAGAGGUUUUGUUCAGUGUUCUUGCGACUAUAGCAAGUAAACCUCAUGAAUCAAAACUUACUGAAAAUUUUGUAAUGGGUCAGCACUAGUUCAAAGGAGGAAGUGAUGUGGUAUCAGUUCAACAGAAAGCUAAAGUCACUCUUGCCUUUCAACUUCUCCAAGGCAGCUGCUACUAUUUGGCAGUAACCUUAUCCACCAGUACUCCAGAGGCGUGAAUUUUGUUUCCGUUGCGGAGUAUGCCAGGCUUGCUGCAACUAAAGUAGUUAAAGAAACGAUUUCUGAGCCAUGGAAAAGAGCAAAGAUUAAAAGCAACAGACAUGCCCCACACAUCCCAGACCUUUCCAGUCAGGGUCCAACCUUUGCUGAUUUUACUGGCUGGAUUUAGCCACCUCCUUACUGCCACCCUUGGUUCAUCCCAAGAUUUUGUGAUGCACCUUUGUAUCACUCUUUGUUAAAUGGAAGAAUGUGGAUCACACUAUAGGAUUGCAAAGGUGACUCUUUAGAGCAAUAAAUGUUUUGGGCAGACUUUCUGAAAAGAGAGACAAGAGGUCUUCUGUCCCAGUUAUGUUGCCCCAACCCCCCUGUUAUCAUCCACUACAUUGCAUCAUUUAAUCCCAAAAAAACAAAAUACUUGCAGUAGCAGUUUGUAAUUUGUAGUGCUGUGCCAUGUGAGGCAAUUGCAGCUCUUGUCUGUUGCUGCUUUAUCUUUCCUGCUCUGCUCCUGUAUGUUACCAAUGGUGCUCAUGGACAUGCUGUUUCCCAAAGUUUGUACUUUUUUUUUUUUUUUUCUUUUCAGUUGUGUUUUCUGUGUGUGAGAGAGAGGUGUGUGUGUGUGCGCGUGCAUGCACAUGUGCACACACCUUCCUGUAUUCUUAACACCAUGAAUAAAGAUUACUGCCCUUCUUAAUAUUUACUGCCUUACAUCUCAGAGCCUCACAGGAUGUGUUUUUCACCUGUAUAUACACACACACACAGAUAUCUCCACCCAUAGCCCAUGUGUCUUCUUAGGAUGAACUGGUUAGUACCAUAACAUCUCUAUUCCUUAUCUGUUUGUCAACUGAAACUAUUCAACAUUUACAGAUGAUGGAUGGGCAGAUCGGUGUAAUCGUUUACCGUUGCUCCAGUUGCAUUUGAAAAUGCUCAAGAAGAAAGUUUGGAUGGUGGCUGCUGCUAUGGUGUGCAACACACGGCUUUUUUGGAUAUUUUAUAGUCACCAUUAUCUGGAAAAUUGAGUUUUGCUUCAGUGAUGUAUUAGUGAAAAGCCUUUUCCUGAUCAGUCACUUUGUGUUUCCCAGAGAGGUCUGGUAGCAAAAAGUGGUUAAUCCAUCUCUAAGGAGAGUACAUGUUCAAGCUUCCUGUAGUUUCUUUUCUUCCAUUGUGAGUCCAUAUUGAAAACGAGGCUUGCAAGACAUUGUUUUGUGUGUGCUGCACCUUGGGUUGUCAGAAGCUUUAAUAAGUCUUUUAGGUUUCUUCAUUUUGUCAUAUACUUUUGUAAUAGCUUGAGUAAAUCAAUGUUUUGCUCAAGAACCUCCGGCCCACCUAGCAGUUUAAGCUGCAGAAUAGUGAUGUGCAGUGCAUUUAAUUUCUGUCCAGGCUACUCCUGGGUCCCCAAGCCUUUGGGUUUGCCCUCUAAAACUGAAUUAGAUGUAAUUUUCUUCUGCAUAUGUAUGAACUGUUAAAGUAUAAUGACAGCAUUUAUAUCUCAACCAAGUAGCAUCACUCACAAAUAAGUUCAUUUGUAGUUCAGAAAAAAAAAUAAAAACAAAAAAACCCUUCAAAUUUAAAAAUAGGAGGGCAGUUGCAUAGUGAUCAUUCCUUUUUUGCAAGUGUUUAGUCAAAUGUUGUUUCUAGAACACCUCUAAAUAGGCCCAAUGGUCUGCAAUACGCCACCAGUCCUCCUCGUGCAGCCUUACAUUCGGCUUUCAAGGUCUCCUUGGUAAUUAUCAUAGCACAGCCUUUACAUGUCAGAGGAUUAUCUUAACAUUUAUCAAAUUCUUACAGAGUCUGAAUUUAAGACACAUUUUAUAAGUUUUCCUGUGGGCUGGCGCCCUGCCUGGGGUUUGUUUCCUGCCCUGCACCCUGUGUUGGCUGGGAUUGGCUCCAGCGGACCCCCAUGACCCUGUAGUUAGGAUGUAGCGGGUUGGAGGAUGGAUAGAUGGAUUUUAUAAGUUUGGUUUUACAAUUUGAAUUGGUGCCAAUUCCGCAGUGAAUCCAUUGAGCUGAGUAAAAUGGGUUUCAUAAUUGAUACAUUUGGGGUUUGAAAAGCUACUUGUUAAACAUAUCUGACUAAAAAUGUUUUGGAGCAUUUGUGGAAAGUUUAAGUGGGUAGGCCAUGUGAUAUAAGUGGUGCAGCAAUAAAGAGUUCAGCUUGAAACCCAAGAAAUGCUGCCAGUGGAAAGGGGAAUAGCCGUUUUCCAGGGGCACAUUCACUGGUUUAGUAUCUAUGGCAGUGUGGCAGCGACCUCUGUUCAUUUCUCAUUUCAGUUAAUGCUGGGUUCAUGCUGUUAUGUAAAUUAUUAAUUGGAACAAUAAAGAUUAUAAUGAGCACUUUAGUUUGUGCAACACUAUGAUAAUAUCUAAAAAUAUUUACUUCAAAAUGGUUCUGGGAUGGUGACCCCUGAUUCAAUCUGUAAACAGAUAUGUCAGCUUCUGAAAAUAAUGUAGAUGCACAAAGCCCUCUGAACAUACAUAGGUAUUGCUGAUAGUUUUAAACCUGAUUAUUGAAUGAAAUCACAGUAAUUGAAAACAAAUCCAGAUAUCUAAAACCGUUAUGGUUACAUUUUACUUAAUCAGUAAUUUGAAAGCUUUAAUGAUUUGCUUGAGUUUUUCUAAAAAGCAGACAGUUAUAGUUGUUGCUGAGCUGCUGUGUCUUCUGCAUCUGCAGUGUAUGCUGUAUUUAUUGAAUGCUUGAAAUGUUUUCAUCUGCAGUCCAAUAUGAAUAUUAAAAGAUGGAAUUGCUGAAAUAGGAAAGCCCCUUAUGCAACCACAACAUGAAAUAGAUCAGCUGCAUACGACUGUGACCAAAUUUGUAAGAGUGGCACCAUAAACUUGUGUUUUGCCAGAAGGUCUGGCACUGCCUUAUCAAUUAACUUCAUUAGUUUCCAACUGUUGUUGUGUUUUUUUGUUUUUCUGGAAGGAGUCCAGUGGUUGCUAUUUCACUUAAAAUGAUUACAUACCAAAAAAGAAAUCAAAACAGUAGGCAUAAUAUGAUCUCUGCCCUUUGGACUGUGUGCCUUCCCCUGGUGGCACUUUCUAUGGAGGGUUAAGUGUUUGUUCAUUUUGCCUUGCGGCAGCCUGUAUGACAUGUGCUUGUAUUUACCUCCUGCUUUGCUACGUUUCCCUAAUAUUUGCUCAACAAGAAAUAACUUCUUAGACAAAAGGUAGCCUGUUACUCCGUUGUACACUGAUUUGUGAUGCUGACUGAGGCAGAUGCCUAAAGCAAGACUGCUAGCAUUGCUCCUGUUGAGAUGCCAGCCCGUCUGCAGGAGGCAUGCUCAUUGCUGCUAGAAACUUGUACAUUUGGGUUUCCAAGUGACAGCAAGCUACACAAACCAAAUGAGAGCCCUAUGUAAUUACUGUAAGCACUGACUGGAUGGACACCUAUUGUAGAAACUAACACUACACUACACUAGAGCACUGGGGAUACCAGUCUACCCAUCUUUCUUCUAUAUAGCUGUGCAGGCCAAAUGUUUCAUUAAUUUUGUUUUACAUUGCCUGUUGUAGAUCUACUUGUAGUCUGUAUAGCCGUGUGUAAAUACUUUUAAUUUGUAUAACCAGUUAAAUCUGUUCAGUUCUGUUCUUUGUGGCUUUUUGUUUGUUUUGUUGUUUUUAAGAGCACCAUUAAAUAAAUAACAAAAGACAAAUCCA